ACUGACAAGCAUUUGUAUGUGCAGAUUUCUCUAUUUUCACUGUAGCAAUCUUUACUGCUGCUGGCAGAAUAAACUGGGGGGAAUUGAACUUCUCUAGUCAGAAGGGAAGAUGGGGCGCCUUCCCUUGCUUCUACUUCUUUCACUUUUCUUGGUUGGAAUCCGGGUGCUUUCCCAACAUACCCAUCAACUCAGCAGGGACGAUUUCCCGCCAGACUUUGUUUUUGGAGCUGCAACCUCUGCUUAUCAGGUUGAGGGAGCAGCUGCUGAAGGUGGAAGGACUCCCAGUAUCUGGGACACCUAUACUCAUGCUGGGAAAAUGGCAGAUAAAAGCACAGGAGACGUAACUGCAGAUCAAUACCACAAGUACAAGGAAGAUGUGAAGCUCAUGCAUGCUAUGGGACUGGAUGCCUACAGAUUCUCAAUCUCAUGGUCGAGACUGGUUCCAGGGGGAAGAGGAGAUGUUAAUCCAAUGGGCCUACAGUACUACAAUAACCUCAUAAAUGAAUUGAUCAAAUACGGCAUUGAACCGCAUGUUACUCUUCAUCAUCUGGAUCUUCCUCAAAUUCUUGAAGAUGAAUAUGGUGGUUGGUUGAAUGAAAAAAUUGUGGAAGACUUCACGGCAUAUGCAGAUGUUUGCUUUAGAGAAUUUGGUGAUAGGGUGACUUACUGGACCACCUUAAAUGAACCAAAUAUGUUUGCUUUAGGUGGAUAUGACAAAGGAAUUCUUCCACCACAGCGCUGCUCAUCUCCCUAUGGAUAUGGGGAGUGCAAAACAGGGAAUUCUUGCACAGAGCCUUACAUUGUUACUCACAACAUGCUGCUUGCACAUGCAGCAGUAGCUAGACUGUACAAGCAAAAAUAUAUGGCUAAACAACAUGGUUUGAUAGGAAUUACAAUCUUCACUUUUUGGUUUGCUCCUCAAACAAAUGGAACGGAGGAUGUUGCUGCUGCAAAAAGAGCUCUUGAUUUCAUGCUUGGUUGGUACUUGAAUCCACUUGUGUUUGGAGACUAUCCUGAGGUCAUGAAGAAGAAUGCAGGAUCGAGGCUGCCAUCCUUCAGCAGGACCCAGUCUGCACUUAUGAAGGGUUCAUUUGACUUCAUUGGCAUAAAUCAUUAUGAGACAAUAACUGUUUCAAAUGAUCAUGAAGGUGUAACGGAGGAGAUAAGGGACUAUAUGGGUGACAUGUUAGCCAUCUUUGUAAUUAACACAUCCACAAGUGGACAGUUCUUGCCAACAGUGUUUCCGGUCCAUCCAUGGGGUUUACAAGGAGUGUUAGAACAUAUAAAGACGAGCUACAGGAAUCCUCCAAUAUUUGUUCAUGAAAAUGGAUAUGGGAUGCGAUACAGUGGAGAGCUGAAUGACACUGCACGUAUAAACUACUUGAGCCUUUACCUUGAACGCUUACUUGAAGCUGUAAGAAAUGGAUCAAACACCAAUGGUUAUUUCGUAUGGUCGUUUGUCGACUGCUUCGAGCUGUUAUAUGGCUAUCAAGCUACAUUUGGCCUCUAUCAAGUGGACUUCAGCGAUAAAGAGCUCAGUCGCCAAGCUCGGUACUCUGCCCAUUGGUAUUCAACUUUGCUGAAGAAGAAGAAGAGGAGCUUCAACAUAGAAAAGCUCACUAGUUCUUCAGCAUCUCGAUCUACCAAGCAGACUCUUGUUAAUCAAUUCUUGUUCUAAUGAUCUUCAUGAUCUUUUUUCUUUUAAGUCUCUCUUGUUGCUGAGAAAUGAUAGCUUUGGUCGCCUUGGCUUGGUUCGGUGACUUCAAAUCAUGGUUACAUGUGGU